AUGAUGAAUCACUUCACGGUUCUGGUGGUACUGCUCACCCUGAGGACUUGUUCCACUACAUACUCACAGCAAGAAUCCAUUGUGUUUCCAGUGACGUACCUUAAUGUUUCCAAGGAUUUGGCUCUUCAGCAGUUGCUGGUGGAAUGGGAUGUUGGCAAGGCAGCACAUGAUGCUGAGCUGGCAAUGUCUUUUGAAAUACAAAUCCGUCGAACAGGUGUAAAAACUACUGUGUGGACAGAGUUUCAUAACGUCAUACUUGAUAAAUCAGGAAAGCCUCUAAAUUGGAUAUGGGAUUCAGACUUCCCUUUGGAGUGUAUGUCACACUCGGUGAGAAUCAGGAGUAAAGUAAACGCAUCAAAAAUCUGGAGUCAGUGGAGUCGGUGGGAGACUCUCCUGGGCCUGGACACUUCGAAUAACAAUGGACCACAAAUAUUUCCAAAUGAAAAAUUUGUAGAGGAAGGCUCUGACAUCAGUCUUUGUUGCAUUGGAAGGAAAGGUCAAACCAUUAAGGAAUUCUUUCUAGAGCCAGCUAUUCAUGCUUUCAGUCACACAAACAGUCAAGUUGGACUUCUCACUGUGAAAAAUGUUCCACAUCAAGAAGUGUCUUACAUCACGGUCUACUGUAAAGAGUCUUGCAAAGAAAGCCAAUGCUAUGGUCAUGCAGGGUUUUUUCUGGGUAAGCCACCUGAUACACCUAAAGAUUUUUCCUGCCAAACUCAAGACAUGAGGAUAGUAACAUGUACUUGGAGCCAAGGAGGAGACACUUAUCUUUAUGGACGUCAUUCACCAAAUUAUGCCUUGUUUGAGGAGUUUUCCCAAAAACUGGUUCCAUGCACAGCAAGUUGUUCUGAGCAGUGUUCAUGUUCUUGGAAUAUAGACCAGCAGAGGAUCUAUAAUAUCACAGUGACUGUGGAAAACCCACUGGGAAAGAAAACUGCCACGGAUGUUUUUAAUGUAGCUCACAGAAUUUAUCCUGCUGCACCUUUCCAGCUGUGGGAAGAAUGCACAGAUACAGAAAUCACAUUAUAUUGGAAACUUCAAAACAUAGGAGCCAAACUAUUUUGUCAGACUGAAGUGCUCCAUCCUGAUGGGAAUGUAGAAGUGCAUAACAGUUCAGCCAUGCAUCCGCAGUAUGUAACCCUGGCUGGGCUGCAGCCCUACACGGAGUACACGGCCAGAGUACACUGUGGGGCAGCAGAGCACUUCUGGAGGUGGAGUGAAUGGAGUGAAGCCCAAACCAUCAGAACAAAGGAAGCAUCUCCAUCAGGGAAACUGGACAUCUGGAGAGAAAUUACGCCAUUUCUGGGUGGGCGGAAUGUGACCUUGUUCUGGAAGCAAACACCAAAUUUUCAAGGUAAUGGAAGAAUUAUUUCAUAUGAAGUAACCUGGGAAAAAGUAGAAGAUGACUCUAAGCCUGAAAGCAUAUCGUUUUCAUCUGUCUACAAUAGCACAAGGAUUUCCAUUGAUAACCAUUCCUACAGAAUCAGCAUCAUGGCAAAGAACAAUGUUAAUUAUUCACUUCCUUCAAUAUUGAUCAUCCCUAGAGCUACAGGCACUAAAGAAGAGCUCAGUGGUUCAGAGCUUAAAGAAGAACAGGUUAAUGGUACAGAUGAUGGCAUUUUUAUUUCCUGGGAGCCCAGAUAUAUAUAUGACAGUUACAUUGUCGACUGGUGUAAUUUUCCAAUGUUGCAGCCUUGUGAUUUGCAGUGGAAAAUAUUUGGGCCAAACACUUCUAGUGCUCUGAUCUACUCAGCUGCUUUUGCUCCAGGAGUGAGGUACAACUUCCGCAUUUAUGGAUCUGUUGCUGACAGAGCCUCCUUAUUGGAGAAGAAGACUGGUUAUCUCAAGGAGCUACCUCCUCUGCUUGACCCUGUUGUGGAAAACAUUGAACUGACUUCCAAUGCAGUAACACUAUAUUGGGAUUCUUAUCCCACAGAUGAAUCACAGCCUGGUUUUGUAAGGGGAUACCAUGUCUAUGUGUCACCUUUACAAGAGGACUGCAGUUUAAAAGGAUCCAUAAAACAUGUUCUUCCAGAUAAUUCAGUGCUAUGUAAAUACAAAAUUGAAAACCCGGAAGAAAAGAGAUACACCGUGAAACAUCUCUUGCCAAACACAAAAUACCGACUAGUGGUUAAAGCAUUUACAGGCGGAGGAGAGACACCCAUUGUUAACUUUAGAUACAUAGAUACACCAUUUAACUCAAAUAUACUGUACCUUUUAGUUCUGCUGGUGACUGUUCCAUCACUAGUAGCAGCUAUAUGCCGCUGGAAGAUGAAAUGGGUACAAGAGUGCUGCUGUCCUGUAAUACCUAGUCCCAGCAAGAGUGAAGUGCUGUCAUUCAAAGGGUUUAAGAUUGGUUCCGAGAGAGUACUGAAGAUAAGCAACUCCAAUCCUGACAUACUAGCAGUGGACAGUAAGGCUGAAGCCCAGAAAUCACACCCAUGGAGCCAGUUGCCUUCAACACCAACAGAAGAGAAGAUUGAUGGUCAUGACUCCUCCUGGAUUUACUCUAAGGAAAGUAAAGAGAGAGAAUUCACAUCCACAUAUGCACCUCAGACUCCUAUUUGUUUUGAAAAUUUUGCCUAUUCUUCUCAUCUUGCAGUUGAAUCUAACCCCUACCAAAUACCGGAGACACUAGAAGCAAGCAAACAAGAACUACCUGUUGUGCUGCCCCAGCCACAUCACUACUUCAACAUUUUAAAUGAAGAUGCUGCCUCAACACCCCAAGAAACAGCUGGCAGAAAGGCCUCUCUCAGAUACAUUUCACAAACAGCGGUGCACUGCAUAGGGAGGAGACUUUGA